UGGGCGGGGGUGAGCAUGGCCUUGGGGAACGCCAAAAUACUUGGCCCUCAUGGCUGUACAGUGGCAUCACGCUCUGCACAUCCCAUCGAACCCUGGCCACAGAAGGAGCCCCGCCUGUACAACCUCUACGGGCCCAGGCACCCUCUGGCACCCUUAAGCUCCCAAGAGACCCCGAGUACCCUUCUUCGGCCUCUUGAAACUUCCCACCGCCCUCCUGCCGCCCCGUCCGCCCCCCUGAAGCCACGGCGUGUAGUCCAGACGUCCCCAGAAACUCUUAGCCAUGAAGUUUAACCACCCGCACGGCGUCCUCGCUCUCGUAGUGCAGGCCGUCUUCUUCGCCCUCUUCUGCGUCUUCGUCAGGUACCACCCGGACGCAAAUGCUCGCCACCAUCCCCUCGUCAACGGCACCGAGCAUGAGGAACAUCUCGACCACGACUACAAGAGCGAGGACUCCGCGAACCACAACAAAAUGUACCCAAUGUUCCAGGAUGUCCACGUCAUGAUCUUCAUCGGCUUCGGCUUCCUGAUGAUGUUCCUGAAGCGCUACGGCCUCAGCGCGGUGGGCCUCAACUUCAUGGUCGCCGCCCUCUGCCUGCAGUGGGCCAUCCUCGUCAACGGGUUCUUCCAUCUUCACGACGGCCUCAUCCUGGUCGACCUAAACACGCUUCUCGGCGCUGACUUCACCUCCGCCGCCGUGCUCAUCAGCUUCGGGGCCCUCAUAGGCAAGACCACGCCCACGCAGCUGAUCCUCCUGACGCUUCUGGAGGUGCCGAUCUUCGCCGUCAACGAGGUCAUCGGGAGGAGAUACUUCGGGGCUGUCGACAUAGGUGACUCCAUGUUCGUGCACGCCUUCGGGGCCUACUUCGGGCUGGCCGCGAGCCUCAUCAUGUACCGCCGUGACGCCUCCACCGAGAAAGAAGGGUCCAGCCACCAGAGUGAUAUGUUCGCCAUGAUAGGUACGGUCUUCCUGUGGGUGUACUGGCCCUCCUUCAACGGCGGUGCUGCCUCCGGGGACGCCCAACUCCGCUGCAUCAUCAACACCUACAUCUCCCUCAUCGCCUGCUGCUUCACCACCUUCGCGAUCUCCUCGAUCAUCAACAGGGAAAAGAAAUUCGACAUGGUCCACAUCCAGAACAGCACUCUGGCGGGCGGCGUGGCCAUCGGGACAGCAGCAGACCUCAUGAUCCACCCCUGGGGCGCCGUGCUGGUGGGCAUCCUCGCCGCCACCCUCUCCGUCUGCGGCUACGUCUACAUCACCCCCAUGAUGGCGAGUCGACUCCGCAUCCACGACACUUGCGGGGUCCACAACCUGCACGGCAUGCCCGGGGUGUUUGCGGGCAUCGUGGGGGCCAUACUAGCUGCCGUGGCCUCCGAAGCGACGUAUGGGGUCAGCCUGUACGUGGUCUUCCCCGAACGUGCUCCCCCCGAGGGCUCCGCGGCGCUGGCUGACCUGCAGAAGGUGUUGCCGGACCUGGCGGGCGGCUCGGGAAUCUCAGGCACCUCCCAGGCCCUCUACCAGCUCCUCGCCCUCGUCGUCUCCAUCGCCUUUGCCGUCGCUGGGGGCAUUGUGGCAGGCUUCAUUCUCCGCCUCUUCGGUAACCUCAAGACGGAGGAGCUGUAUGAGGACGAGAAGUGGUGGGUGAUGGAGGAGGAGGAGGGGGAGGAGGAGCACAGGCCAGCGACAGCAUAACCAGAGGACCCACCCGUCGGAGGCCACCACGCUGAAGACUGAUGAUGAUGAUGAUGAUAGGAGGUGAAGCUGAUGUUUGGUAGAGAUGUAGACGAUGUAGACUGAGGGAUGAAUGGUAGUGAAGAUGAUUUGGUAGAUUCGUAGGUGAUGUUUGGUAGAGAUGUAGACGAUGUAGACUGAGGGAUGGAUGGUAGUGAAGAUGAUUUGGUAGAUUCGUAGGUGAUGUUUGGUAGUUAUGUAGAUGAUGUAGACUGAGGGAUGGAUGGUAGUGAAGAUGAUUUGGUAGAUUCGUAGGUGAUGUUUGGUAGUUAUGUAGAUGAUGUAGACUGGGGGAUGGACGGUAGUGAGGAUGAUUUAAUACGUAGAUUGAUGUGAGUUGAUUUUUGGUAGUUAUGAAAAUGAUGAUGUUUGUGAUGAUAGGAGGUUAAGAAGAUGGUGUACUGUAGACGGUUGGAUGUUGAUGUAGACUCGAUUGUAGGAUGAUGGUGAUAGAAGAUGAUGAUGAAGAUGAGUGUUCAGAAAUUAUGUAGACUGGUGACUUGGUAAACAGUAAUGGUGAUGUGAGAUGGUGAUGUUUUGUAAUGUAGAUGUUGAUGUUGGUAGGGUGUGGUGUGAUGUAUUGGCCAGUCUUCACCACAGAUAAACAUAAGUGGUGAUUUACCAAGUAUGGUGAUGAUAUGGUACGGUGUGUGUGUGUGUGUGUGUGUGUGUGUGUGUGUGUGUGUGUGUUCUCUCAAUAAGACAUAAGUUAGCCAGACACCUCUUCACCCAUGCAACACUUGAAGACGAGGACCAAACAUUAAAAGAAGUACUAAAGGUAUUGCGUGGGCCGUGUCUGGAUUGAAAAUGAGGUCUACAACACACACAGAAAAAAUAUAUAUAUACGUACCUCUUUAUAAUAAUUGAUUUGGGACACGGAAUACUUUUUUUCUUCCUUCCUCUCAUAUCAUCUGUCUAUACAUCUCUAACCUUUUUUUCUCUUAGUCAGCAAUACCAAAAACAAAGUCCGUGGCUGCAAUAGUAUGUUCAUCUCAGGUCAGAAAAUUAUAUGAUAAAUAAAGAGUAAAAAAAAAGAGAGAGAGAAAUACAAAAUAAAUGCGUAGGAAAAGGUAUGUCAGUAUCCCAAGAAAUGGUGUAUACUUUUUUUUUUUUUUUUUUUUUUUUUAUCUAUACACUUAUCCAUGCAUUGACCUCAUCAUCAAAUAAGUACGUGUAGACUUAAGUAGACUUUUUGACUUUUUUUUACAGUAAAGGAAGCAGCUCUAGGGGGGAAAAAAUAAUGAGAAAAAAAAGUAAACUAAUCUGCCCCAUUAAAUAAAAAGAGUUUAGAGGAGCGGCCAAAAGAGAGGUCAGUUUCGAAUAAAAUAUAAGAUAAAUAAAUAAAUAGGGAAGAAAACAUACAUUCCAAAAUCCCAGUCAACGGUAUUUCAACAUAUACAUAUUUAAGACAUGCUUCCACAUCCUCCUAUGGUAAACGACGUGCGAGCGGGGUCUAUGAUAUGAGCUCUUGUUAUCACCACGAAGUCUUGCAGUUAGUCAGUCCGUCGCAGAGUGUAUGAUAGGUUAUUUUCCUAGCGUUAAGCCUUCAUUUUGUACGUGUGUGUCAUAACCAACCAUUGUCUGCACUGUAAAGACGAGCAAACACAGACAUUAUAUGUGUACCUAACUGA